UAUGAAACCUAAUCUUUGGAAGGGAUUACAAACUGUUUGAAAUCUGUAUAGCAAUCACCGGAUAUGAGAAUAAUUAAAAUCCUUGCAUUGACUCCGCUACGCAUCGGUUCCGACGACUUUGUUCAAGUACACGGACGUUCAUUUGCUCCAUCAACACCGUGUUGCGAGUGAGUUUGCCAUUAUGAAACGGCCCUUACGGACUCAUAAUUCCCGAAGCGGAGAAACAGUGAGCGAAACGACAAUGAAUAAUAAGAAAAAACGCCGAAGAUGUGGUGUUUGCAAGCCGUGCUUAACUAAGAUAAAUUGCGAGACAUGCAGUAACUGCCUAAACCGGCAAACUGGCCAUCAAAUUUGUAAACUACGCAAGUGUAUAGAACUGAAGAAAAAGAGCAAACCUGACGCUCGUAAAAAGGCUUAUACUUCGAACAACUUGAAACGAAUAAAGACAAAAAGAUCUUCUACAAAGAAUGACGUACUCUCAAGAGACGUCAAGGUCAAAAUUCUUCAUUCGUCUGGCAAAGCGGCAAACGAAUAUGGAGUCGAAACUUUGCCCGGGGGAAAGAAGAAAAAUUAUGAAACUCCAAAAUACGAACAAUCAGCUGUUGAAUGGAAGGGAAUUGCAGGUGUUGAGAAAAGUAUAAAUGCAACUAGAACACAAACAAUUUCUUUAUCGUCCAAAAAUCCGGAUCUUUGGUGCUCUUGUAAUGUGAGCGAUGAAGGUAGUGCCGUUUAUAAGCAUUUGGGAACUGCCUCUAGCGUGUCUAAUGUUCGUAUCCUCCUGGCAAAAAGAUUUAAUUUUCCCCCGGAAUCAGUACGUGUUGAGAAAGUGGGUGAAAGCGCAAAAGAAGGCAAAAAUCGUUAUGGAUGUCCAAUAGCAAGAUGGGUUUUAAGACGGUCCAGUUCUGAAGAGAAAGUGCUUAGUAUUGUACGUCAACGCAAAGGACAUUCUUGUGAUUUUACAUUUAUUGUAAUCGCUAUCGUAUUGUGGGAUGGUGUUGCACGUAAUCAAGCGGAUUCGUUGUACGUUGAACUGAAGAAAACUUUGAACGAACAUGGCGAGCCUACCAAUAGAAAAUGUGGGACAAAUAAAGGAAAGACUUGUGAUUGUCAAGGAAGUGAUCCAACGAUAUCAGGAGCAUCCUUUUCGUUUGGUUGUUCUUGGAGUCGUUUUUUGAAUCGUUGUAAAUUUGCAAAAAGCAAAAGUCCACGCAAAUUUAAACUUAAAACACAAGAAAAGGAAGAUUCCAUUGAUAUUCUUCUCCAAAAUUUGGCUUCACAAGUUUCUGAAACAUAUAAAACUGCUGCCCCCCUGGCAUUUGAAAAUCAAAGUCGUAACGAUGUUGAAGGAGUUGAAUGCCGUCUAGGAAACAAUAACAAAAACAGCCUGCGACCAUUUUCUGGAAUAACAUGCUGUGUAGAUUUUUGUGCGCACAAUCACAAAGACGAUCAUAAUGUUGAGGAUGGUGCCACAGUGGUGCUGACGUUACUAAAUGAGGAAACGAGAGACAACGUGAAUACGGAAGUUGAUGAACAACUGCACACGUUACCUUGUUAUCAUCUUCUUGAUGAUAAUGACAACAUCGUUCCUCCAAAUUAUAUCUUACCUAACCAUCUUGUGACCUCACCACUUAAACCUGUUAGCAAUGUAGCAUGGUGUAACACUUUGGAAGAACAAGGUACAUUGAAGGACUCAAGAGAUGCCAAUGAAUGUAACACUUUGGAAGAACAAGGUACAUCGAAGGACUCAAGUGAUGCCAAUGAAUGUAACACUUUGCAAGAACAAGGUACACUGAAGGACUCAAGUAAUGCCAAUGAAUCUAACACUCAGGAAGAACGAGGUACACUGAAGGACUCAAAUAAUGCCAAUGAAUGUAACACUCGAGAAGAACAAGGUACAUUGAAGGACUCAAGUGAUGCCAAUGAAUGUAACACUUUGCAAGAACAAGGUACACUGAAGGACUCAAGUAAUGCCAAUGAAUCUAACACUCAGGAAGAACGAGGUACACUGAAGGACUCAAGUAAUGCCAAUGAAUGUAACAUUCAGGAAGAACGAGGUACACUGAAGGACUCAAGUAAUGCCAAUGAAUGUAACACUCAGGAAGAACAAGGUACACUGAAGGACUCAAGUAAUGCCAAUGAAUCUAACACUCAGGAAGAACGAGGUACACUGAAGGACUCAAAUAAUGCCAAUGAAUGUAACAUUCAGGAAGAACGAGGUACACUGAAGGACUCAAGUAAUGCCAAUGAAUGUAACACUCAGGAAGAACAAAGUACACUGAAGGACUCAAGUAAUGCCAAUGAAUCUAACACUCAGGAAGAACGAGGUACACUGAAGGACUCAAUUAAUGCAAAUAACUGCUUGACUUCUUCACCUGAAAUAGAUUUGAAAUGGAUUGAUGAUUCUAUGGGUGGAGUUGGACUUUCAUUGUCUCAUGGUUCUCUUUUGUUUGAAUGUGCAAAACAGGAAGUACACGCUACCACACGUGUUAAAGAACCGAAUCGAAUAUCACCGACAAGAAUAAGUGUUGUAUUCUACCAGCAUCGUCUCAUGAAUUUCAAGAAUCAUGGUUAUGACGAUUACCGUAAACUAAUGGAGGAGAAGGCCGCGCUAAAAGCAGCGUUGAAUACAGACGGCGAUUAUCAUGAUGCACCCAAUGAACCCUUUGAUUUGCGCAUGUUGGCCGAGACUGCGAUCAACUAUCCAAAUUCUGCAAGAAAUGCAGUCACAGAUCAUUCAUUGGGAAGCCAUCUUGCAAUGCCGGUCAAUGGUAGCUUGACUUCAAGUUCAUCAACUAGUUCAAAUUCGCAACGACAGAUAAACACAACGAGUAUACUCAGUCACCUUAAUCCAACAUCAAUGGAAAGGCCUAACGUUUUAUCCAAAGAGCAAGCGAUAUCAUCUGGUCUACAAUUCACGCAAUAUCCUCUCUCUAAUUAUUUAAGAUCACUGAAACUUCGUGAGAGUGUACCAUACGUUCAUCCUUAUCCUACUUUUCCAUAUCUCAGUGAAUUACCUUCAACUCAGUUUAUGUCCCCUAUGUUUCUUCCAUCACAACAUCAUCCCAUUCCUACAUACAACCCCUUUUCCCCAGCUGGUCGCAGUACGUUCAACGUUCUGAAUUCUCAGCACCUUGAUGGACUUGCUCAAACUUCAGACUUUGAUCGAACGAGAACAACCAAGAUAUCGGUAAACGAUCAUGAGUUAUGUCAGUUGAAAAACGACAACUUGGGAAAUCCUAUCUCUGAAAUUGAAAAUAUUCGUGGCUCAAGUUCAAAUAUCGACUCUAAAUCAUCAAAAUUUUCUAAUGGUUUCACUGUAGAAGCUUUAUUGGGUAAAAAACGGUCACAUGUUCAAGAUAACAGUGACAAUCGCCCUGCUAAAGAAGGUCGAUUUGACAAUCAAUUAAAUUUGAGCACAAUCUUAAAGAAACAAAAGGAUAUUCACAAUCGCGUGCUUGGUUUACCUCUAUAUCCCCAGCUAUCCAUGAUGCAUACAACGUUCAACUCCCGUGGUCUAUAUCCCACGAAAACAAUAUUUACUGGUACAACAACGCUAGGCACUGAUUCUCUUGUAAAUGUGGUGCCAUAUGCAGCUACUGUUAUGGGUUGUGGUCACUAUCAGUGCUAAGUAAACCAAUAUGGUACCAUACCUCGUUUUUGUUUUGGUUUAGAUGAUUACCUUUGCUGAUGGUUAAUAAGCAUGCAAUUAUUUUAUGUUUGAACGAGGGCUGACUAAUAAUAUGUCAUUUGUUGUCAGUUAAAGUCAAUGGCUCAAUGCUACCUCUGAACACUUUUUGAAACAAUACUAGCACAUUCCCACUUCAACACAUGGUUUGUUAAAGUAAAACUUUUAUUUAUUCUUUAAGAAAUAUUUGUUGAAUGUUGUAUUUUAGUUAGGUUAAUUUUAUCAUUGUAGAUUUUUUCAAUUUAUGCGCAGGUAUUUACGUCGGUGUGGCCAGCCCGCAUGUCCAAUCCUGCCACGUAUUUUUUUGUUAAACGUACAGCAAUUGAUGUUUAAAGAAAUAAUUGUUAUAAGCAUAAUAAGGCAAACAUAGUAGAAGUAAAACUUGCUGAAUGUUUGCGCCACUGAAUGUAAUGUUAGGUUGAGUUUUGUAUUAUUCAAAUUUGAAAGGGAAUUAAAAGUUUAAUAAUUUUACUUUAAA